GCUUUUCACCAAUGGGUGAGGAGAAGGCGGGCUGACCGCCCCGGUGCCAAGCAACCGUCACGUUCGAAAUAACCAAUAGCGGGUCUACGUGGCGAGUUUAAAUCCUGAAUGGAGCAAAGGGCCGGAAGAGUUUCAUCCGGAGCGAGAGAAACGACUCUGUCCACAAAACACCCUGUCAUUAUGGCGCAGUUCCUGUUUGAGAGUGAUUUGCAUGGGCUAUUGAAGCUGGAUGCCCCAAUACCCAAUGCACCCCCUGCACGAUGGCAGCGCAAAGCUAAGGAGGUUGCUGUUGUCGGUACUGGACCCACCCCAGACUCCACAGCUCCUUCACCUAUGAAACCGGCUAACAGGCCUCAUAGCACCAGCAAGACCCCUUCAAAGACACCAGGCAAGUCAGGAUCCAAAGCACAGAACACUCCAAACAAAACUGGAGGGGAUAGAUACAUCCCCAAUCGCAGUGCAAUGCAAAUGGAUGUGGCCAACUUCCUCUUAAACAAAGAGGAUUCCUCUGAUGAGACUCCGACCAAGAAGGAGCAUCAGAAAGCCUGGGCAAUGAAUCUGAAUGGCUUUGAUGUAGAAGAGGCAAAAAUACUGCGGCUGAGUGGAAAGCCCCAGAAUGCCCCUGAAGGAUAUCAGAACAAUCUCAAAGUACUCUACAGUCAGAAAAGUACACCAGGCUCCACUCGGAAGAAUGGCAGAUACAUAGCAACCAUGUCAGACCGAAUUCUGGAUGCCCCAGAUAUCCGCAAUGACUACUAUCUAAACCUCAUUGACUGGAGCUCCCUCAACUUCCUGGCUGUGGCUUUGGAUAAAACAGUGUAUCUGUGGAACUACGAUUCCCGAGAAAUAAUUCAGCUCAUGCAGAUGGAACAGCCGGCUGAUUACAUCUCCUCUGUAUCCUGGAUUAAAGAGGGAAACUACCUUGCGAUUGGCACAAGUGAUGCAGAAGUCCAGCUGUGGGACAUCCAGCAGAAGAAGCGUCUACGGAACAUGGUCAGCCACUCAUCCCGUGUGAGCUCCCUAAGUUGGAACAACUACAUUCUGUCCAGUGGGUCAAGGACUGGUCACAUCCACCACCAUGAUGUCCGUGUGGCAGAACACCAUGUAGCAACACUGGCUGGCCACACUCAAGAAGUGUGUGGUCUCAAGUGGUCGCCUGAUGGUCGUUACCUAGCCAGUGGUGGAAAUGACAACCUAGUAAACAUCUGGCCAAGUACCCAAGGAGACAAUGGGUUGUUUCGUCCUGUGCAGACCUUCACACAACACCAGGGAGCUGUCAAGGCUGUAGCUUGGAGUCCGUGGCAAUCCAAUGUGUUGGCAACAGGUGGAGGAACCAGUGACAGGCACAUCAGGAUUUGGAAUGUAUGCUCAGGCACCUGUCUCAACACAGUAGAUGCACAGUCCCAGGUAUGUGCUGUCCUAUGGUCUACAACCUACAAAGAACUUAUAUCUGGUCAUGGCUUUGCCCAGAACCAACUUGUGGUAUGGAAAUACCCAUCCAUGUCCAAGGUCAUAGAGCUUAAGGGUCACACUGCUAGAGUGCUAAGUUUAUCCAUGAGUCCAGAUGGAUCCACAGUGGCAUCGGCAGCAGCAGAUGAGACACUAAGGCUCUGGCGCUGCUUUGAGCUAGACCCAUCACGCAAGAAGGAGAAAGAGAGCAGUACCAAAAGCAGCAUUAUCCAUCAAGGCAUUCGCUGAAUCUAGGCCUGGCCCUUUUCUACCCUACUGCUUUAUGUACAUAAUUUUAAACUAAUAAAUAUUUCACUCUUUUUU